ACAUGUUAGUGUGGUCCCAGAGGUAAACAAGAGUCCUGCUGGCGGCCUGUGCUGGCCUCUCUCACCACCACAAUGGAACACAUGUGUAAAGGAUUUACUGAUUUAUUAAGAAAGCCUGAGGACUAUUUAAGACCUAACAGUAAACUUAAAGAUGCUUGGGUGGAGCAAACCAGGAAAGUGUAUAAUUUCUUGAAAGAGGAGGAAAAGAAAUAUAAUCUUCGCAGCCCAGAGGAUGCAAUGCCUCAACUGUACACAGAUGGACUUGAUAAUGAACAGAUCUGGCAGUUGGUGGAACUACAGAAUAAGAGUCUCUUGGCUGCUCCAGUUGAUUUCCGGGGAUUGGAUGAAGUGAAUCUCUGCUUUAUGGUGGCUAAACUUAGUAGUUUAGCCAAGUACAAUAGACUGUCAGUAGCAGAAAAUGUAAAAGGAAAAAUGCCUGUACUAUUUGAUGGAAACUUGGACGAGGGCAUUGGUGGUAGCAGUGAUGAUAAGGAAGAGGAGGAGGAGGAGAAGGAGGAAUUGCCAAUGGACAGUUCAAAAAACAAUGAAGAAUCUGGAAGUGAAUUUAGUGAUGAUGAAGAUAUUUUUGAAAAACCUGAAGCUUUCAAAGAUACUGGAUUGGAUGAUAAUUUUGGUGAUGACAGUGAUGAUGAAGAAGACAAUUUUGAUGAGUUGAUUGCUCCAGAGGGGAAAGAGUCUGAAGAUGAAGAGGAAGAAGAGGCUGCUGUUAGAGAAGAUAAUGGUAAUAAAUUGGAUUCAAAAGAAUUGAAAGCAAAGGGAAAGAAAAGUGUGAAAGCCCAGCCUUUUGGAAAUACUACAGUCGACACAAAAUUUUUCAAGCUUCGAGAAAGUGAAUGGGUGGCUGACAAUGAUGCCAUUGGAGAGAACUACGAUCUAGAUUCCGAAGAUAUUGACUUUAUGGCAGACAUAUCUGAUGAGAGUGAGGGAGAGGAAGGUGCUAUGUAUGAUGCAUUUUUUGAUGUGACAAAUGAUAAAGAAAAGAGAAAAUCAAAGAAAUUAUCAGAACUAUUGAGCGAGGAUAUGGAAAACGAUGAAGAUGAUGAGGAGGAGGAAGACAAGAGCGAUAAGGAUUACGAUGAACCUCAAACUGGCUUUGGGAGAGUUAUGCAAGAUCAUGCAAGUAAUACAAUAGAGGAUGAAUCACCUCACCUCUUUGGCAACCAAAAGGAGGAGGUUAAGUCAACAUUUGAGAUGGAACGAGAGAGGGAGCUUAAGGUCAUUGAAACACUAGAAGAAGCUAAUACAAGUGAGAAACCAUGGUAUUUACGUGGAGAAGCAGUGAGUGCUGACCGUCCAGAAAACUCUGCAUUAGAGGAACAUAUGGAAUAUGACAUAGUUGCCAGACAAAGACCAGUUAUCACUGAAGAUACAACGUCACAAGUUGAGAAACUAAUUAUGAGUCGUAUCCGCAUUAAGGCCUGGGAUGACGUUGAGAGAAAAGUAAAGCCAACACAGGAUCCUUAUGAGUACAAGAAGAAGCUGUUGCUUGAGCAAGAGAAGAGCAAGAAGAGCUUGGCUGAGAUAUAUGAGGAGGAAUACCUGAAGCAGCAGAAGGAAGGCAAGCAGGGUGAAGAGGAGGAAUCUCAAGAACACAAAGAGAUAAAGGAGAGAAUGGACAAGUUGUUUAUGAAGUUUGAUGCCCUUGCCAACUACCAUUACACACCUAAACAGGCUUGCGUGGAGGUGAAGAUCCAGAGUAAUUUGCCAGCAAUCAAUAUGGAAGAAGCCACACCUGUAACAUCCACAGAUGCCACACUUCUUGCUCCUCAAGAAAUAUUGGAGCCUGUGCGUGGUGAAUUGAGAGGCAAAACUGAAUAUACAAGCACAGAUAAAAAGCAUGAACGACGGGUGAAGAAGGCUCAUCAGAAGAAAAAGUUUAAGUUGCAGGAGAAGAAGUUGAAAGAGAAACUGAAGAGGGCUGGACCCAAUGGAAAAGUUGACGCAAAGUCUACAUUGAAGGUCAUAGAAAAGGCGGUUAAGUCAGGACAAGUGAAAGUGUUGGAGGGGAACCAGAACAAAGUGGUGAGAUCAUCACAAGUAUUCUUCAAGCAGCUACAAGAUGAUGCUUCUAAAAAAAUACAACAAAAUAAGAAGGAACACAAGAUGAAGAAAAGACCAGAAUACAAGUCGGUGUCUAAGUUUUUACUAUAGUUGUGUUGUUUACUGUGUAUUAAGUUUUAUGCAGUCUAUUCUUGUAUAAUGUUGUAAAUAUUCAUAAAUUAAAUAAACCAUUUAUUUUGAUUUUUCUUAUAUGACAUGUUUACUUCCUAAUGCAAAUUACCAUCUAUAAUAAAAAAAAUAGAUAUAUAAUAUUAUUAGCUCUGUAUUGAUUAUUCUCUUGUCUAGGGCUUUUAUCCCUCUGACUAGUGCUCUUGCAUCUUGGUUUAAUUGGAAGAGGAUUUCUCCAAAUGUCAUCUUUGUUCAAGGUAAACUUGGGCUUGGGAAGUAGAACAACUCCCUGAACCCCAUCAAGCAGGUAUCAAACAGGUAUUAAACUAAAAGAACUAAUUAACUGUAGAUUGUAUUACACUUAUUAUAAAUUUACACAAUGUUUUGAACCUACAUGAUUCAUUCUUUAAGUGAAUUGGACAGUAGUACUAGGCAUAUUGGAUUUAUACCAUUAGGGAGGUCAGGUACAUACAAAUACAAAUAGGUGAAGAGGAAAGCGUAAAAUGGUGAAGAAUAAGGCAAAGAAAGGGGAGAAAACAUUCAAAGAUUAAUCCGGUGUAGUGGGCAUGGCAUUUUGAGCGAUGUUGUCUACGUUGGCAUCUUCAUGUUCCGGUCUUGAACGUGAUGCCAACAUAGACGACACUGCCAAAAAUGCCAUGCCGUGCACAAGAAAAACUGUAGAGCUUGGCAUUUGUUUAAAUGUAUGUGUAUUUAUAUAUAACUUCCAAUAUGCAAAAUGGAGGUUAAGAUGAUGAUUAGCAUUCUGGGUACAACCUUUUGAUAACUGAUGUAGAUUGUGUGUAGUUAGAGUGAGUACAGUGGUAGGGAAUAUGUGAGUGGAGAUGGGGAGUGUGAGUGUAAGUGCAAAUGGGUAUGGUGUGAAGAUGAUGUCAGUGAUGUGAUAAAGAUAGUGUAUUGUGAAAAUUAUUACCGUGAUGAGGUGAGACUUGGAAGGUGUGUGAAGGUGUAUGUUGGAAGGGAACCUAGGAGGAUGUGUGUAAGGGGCCUGGGCACAGGACGAGCCAGGCUCCGCAGGAUACCCCCAUUUAGUAUUCUAUUAGAGAAUUGGUGAUAUCAAUGUUAUGAGCUGGUAAUACCAAUUAACACUUUAACGCAACAGAGUUGAAGUACUAUAUUAAAAUGUUAUACAUAUAAGCACAGUGUUUAUAGAGUUUAUAAACCUUAACAUGUGUAAAGGGCUUAUUUGGGUAGAUCAUGGAACAGGGUAAUACUUAGAAGAAAAUUUAAAAUAAUUUUCAAAAGGCAUCAAGCCUGAAACACUAUUUAGCAAUGUCUGUUUUACAGUAUUAAGCAGUUUGUAAAUAUAAUUUAGGAAGACAAUACAAGCAAAACCUAGUCUUAAAACUCAACAAGAUGGCUCACUGAAGCCAUCUUGCAGAGAUGGCUCCCAACUUCUAGGUCACAUCAGCUGCCGAGUUCUGUUUGGCCUACCCUGGGGACCAGAGCCAAAACCUGGUCUCCCCUCACAGGCAGAGAGCUUGAGGGUUUUGGAGGUCUAACAGGGACUUUGUAGAUUGGUAUUUGAUUAAUGUCCCAGUCCCAGUUUGUCUUGUAUACUCUGGGCUGGGCUUCCUGGCCCGUGUUCUCUUCUUUCGAUCUGUCCCCUCCAUCACUGUGAGAAGGCUAGGUUCUGAUUCUGGUCUGCAAUAGGCCUAACAGGACACCUGUCACUGAUAUGACACAAAAGUGAGGAGCUAUCUCAGUGAGAAAGCUUCAGGGAGCCACUGGGGCUCUACCAGAAGGGGGGGGGGGGCCAUUUCAUUACAUUCUAUGUUGGCUUUUUCAGUCUUGUCUUUAUUUAUACUACAGUUUAAGAAAAUAGGAUGGGUUUGCUAAAUCAAUUACCCAGUGUGUGUGUAGAAACGACUUGUCAAUUGGACUAGGGGGGGGGGGGGAAGGAGAAAGAGCAGAAACUCAAUAUUAAUAGCCACUACCAACAGGGACCCUCAUCAUGCCACACGCUUUCCAUUAUCUCAUUAUAAUUUUAUUAUUUUUUUAAUUUUUUUUUUGUAUACUGUAGUAAAAUAAGUACUGUACUGUAAAAUGUGUGUAUCAUACAUAGUAUAUGAGGAAAUAUCACACACACACACACACACACACACACACACACACACACACACACACACACACACACACACACACACACACACACACACACACACACACACACACACACACACACACACACACACACACACACACACACACACACACACACACACACACACACACACAGAUAUUUAUAUAAUUGUCAGGUAUUUCUUGAUAUUUUAAAUUUUCAAAGUUCACUUGAAAUUUGUUAAAAUAUAACAUAUAUUGCUUACUGUAUUUAGUAUUGUUCAAGUGAUAAAUCAUAUCAAAUAACAGGAAAACUACAGUACAGUAUAUUGGUCAAAUACAAUUAAAACUUUUGGCAACUUUGGCACAGGGAGGAGUUCCAAACUUCACUCGCCAUCCAUUUUGAAAAAUGGUCUGAUUCCAACUAUCAAGAUUCUCGAGAAUUGACUAUGCAAUCACAACAGGCUUUACCCUUGCAAACGUGAAUUUCACAUGCAGGCACCUUCAAACACAUAAUGUGAAAUCACCGUGUAUCAUUGUACCAUUCUGCACUAAAUUGCAUUCAAUAACAGACUUUAUUCUUUUUACAUCUUUCACUCUUACAAUCUUCGCAACAUUCCUCUCCUCAUUCUUCCUAUCUUCUGUAUUUCCUUCACAUAAUCCAACAGUUAGAGUGCACAUAAUGCUGCCAAACUUUUUUAGCUCAUUAAUUCCUUUUGCAUUUUACACAGCUAUGUGAAUGUGCAUUAUUUUUGUUGAAUCCAGGUAAGUUAGGGCCCCAAAUCUAAGGCAGUUCUGGACUCCUGUAGACAGAAAACAAGAGGAGGUCUCCAACCCAAACUUCCCCCAUUUACCACAGGGAAUGUGGGCCCAUUUAUACCACUAAAUGUAGGAGGAAUCAGUGUAUACUACACCUGUGGCUAUAAAUAAUUUAUUCCUAGUUAGUAAUGGGGCUGUAAUGAAAGAGCAAUGGAAGGCCAAAUAAUUUCAUUGUUUCUUCCUUUUCCAUGUUGAUACAUUGAAAAUACAUCUCUUGACAUAGAUACAAGCUUAGCUGUUCCUAUUCUUUAGGUAUACCAUGUCAAAAUAAACUUUUUGCUCUAUUACUUUUAUCACGGUCUGGUUGGGUUGGAAAUAGCAGUAAUGGCAAUGCAUUACCCAUUUGAAACUAAAGUAUGCAGAGGACUAAUAGCUAAUCAUGUGGGCUGAAUCAUUUUAAUGAUUUUAUACAAAAUAACAAAGAUAGUUUAACCCUUUUAGAUAUAUUUAUAUAUGUAACAUUGUAAUUUAUAUUAUUAAAUGUUGCUUCUUAUGUUUUUGAAAACAAGGUGAAAGGCUGUACUAUACUGAAUCCUGAUCAGAAGACCUGGAUUACUUAUCACAGCUAUUUAAAUUAUGCAAAUAUUUAUACAUGGUAAUAAUUGUAGACAAACUUUCAACAUAUAUCUCUCAAAUCAGUAAGAGGCUUGUAUUUUAUGAAUUCUGCAAACAAAACAUACACAUUAUCAUGCAGAUAUUCCAAAUCUGACAUAGCAAACAUAAUUAACUAUACAAUAGGCAUUGAGACCACAUGAUGAAGCUUGUAUCUGUUUUUAUGGAGUUCAUGGCAUGCUUAUAACUUAAUUUUGUUUGGUUAUAAAAGGGCUGUGUUUGAAUAAGAGUCCUGAAGCUAAGAGGUGCUUGCGUGGUGAUGUCAGGACAUGUGAAUUAAUAAUACUUGGGGCUGUGCUUCUGUCUUUGUACAUCUGAAGAGUUUGCGUUCUACAAAAGACUGUAGUACACAUUCAUUUGCAACUACUACCUGGCAUCUCAUUCCUACGAUGGUAAACGCAUACUAAUUAGCCUUUAUUUUUUCUAUUUUAUAGAAUUAGCUUAAAUGUCAUGCUUCAAUGAACUGAAGGUAAAAAGGCCUUAUGAACAAACUGUUGUUGUUCAUAAGUGUAUAAAAAACAAAAAGGCCUUGUUGGUUUGCAUUUACCAAGUCUUGUAGCAUUCUUAGUUUGUUAUAUAUAUUUUAGUGUUGUUGCUCGAGGUCAGACUGAAUUUGCUUAUUAUUCAAAAUAUAAUGAGAGUCAUGUCUGCCACUUCUGAACGUUACAAGGAACUACUGAGACCCAGUUUGAGGUUCUCUAUCCAAACACAGCCCAAUUUAUCCUUGGAGUGUGCAUCCCAUUUUAUAACUCUGAGAAGCCUCCCUUGAUUGGCUUAGGGUAUAAAAAUCUAUAAAAAGCCUUUAAUUUUUUUAUCAUGAAAUAUUAUUAACUUCAGAAUGUAUAAAUGAAUGUUAUUAGCAAAUAAAUAUAUUUAAAAAAUACUGAUACAAGAAGGUGACUCGAGGUAGCACUGAACGAGUUGGGGUGUGGCCAACGAGUGAGGUUCCUCAGAGUGAACCAUCAGCUCUUCAACGACUCUCAGAUAUUGUUCUCUCACAUAAUGCCCCCACUUAAUAAAAAAAAAAAAGUGUAUAUCCUUGCUCCAAUGCAUGUUACGAUAUCUCACUUUCUAUGUUUUCCAUAUUCUAUUUGCAUAUUUUAUCCUAAAAUAUCUAGCCCUUUCUCUAAAUAAACAGUAAAUUGUAGAUAGCUGUAUUCCAAUUUACAAUAUUCUGAUGGAUGACAAUGAAAAUGUUGCUUACAUCAUUUUUUAUUGUGCAAGCAGUUUUCCCUUUGUCAUUCAUCAGUAUUUAGGCUCUCAUUACUACAUGCAUUUUAAUUGCUACCAUUAAACUAAGUAAAAAGUUUCAUAUUUAUGUUCUUUGGUUUAGAAUGCUGAACAAUAAAUAUUUUACAUAGACUAUUGUAAUUAUGUCUAAAAUGUGGAGGCAGAUAUGUUCCAAGUGUGUUGUGUAAUGGUAGAUUUUGCAUGGACUACUGUGAUACUCAUUAAUUAAAGAACAUGAAUAAUACAGAGAAUGUAGAAGUCUUGUCUUCUAUCUUUAUACACUAUUUAAGUGCAUUGCAUUACAACAUAAUCAGUGUAAGUUUACUUAACUGAUCAAUACCCAAGAGUGUGAGAAGAGUGUCAUGAGGCAUAGUGUUCAUGCACAUGACUAACAUGUUGCUUUGGAUAUAACGUAGAGGUCUUGCAUGUUUUUUUUAUUUUUAACUAACUAUUUUAUCACCAUACUAAAGAGGGAUAAUUGUGGGGCUUUAUUAUACAAGAUAAUGCAGUAUACGACAGGGAAGAGAAAGAGCACAGGUGAGGAAACUGACUGAGCCACAGACAAUUUGUUGUUGAAUAAUUUCUUGAGGCAUUCAGUGUUAAAGGUGAUGAUAGAUCAUCUAUGGCUCACAAAUGCAAAUGAUGUUGCACUGAAGUGGAUGUUAUAAGGUUCAAGGGACUAUUUAUAUUGGUAGUAAAGUAUAACAAACGACAUUGGAGACACUGACAAAAAAAUAUCGUGUUACCACAAAGACUAGCCCAAUAGGUCGACACUUGUGUAGUCUCGGCUACACAGGACUGGUUCUUGUGUCUUGCCCCUCAGUCAUCUUUUAUUUAUUUGCUGCAAUGAACCACCAACUAUAUACUGUACGUUAAUAUUUAUUGUUACCUGCAGAGUCUUGCCAAUGGAGACACCUCCAAUGAAGUUUCAUCAUAUUUAAACACUUGCGUAGAAAUUAGUUUGUGGAUGAUACAUGAUUUUUUGUUAAAAAAUAAAAUCAUUAUAUAUAUAAUAAAUUUUUAUUAUUAUUAUUAUUAUGCAAAUGCCGAGUGUUCUUGUAACUUGGUGACAAAGAUGUAUGGAUAGAAUUUUAGCGAGUUGUCUGAUUGGAGAAAAAUCACAUGUAUAUCUGAACUUUAACAGUGCUCUAUAAACAGAUCCUGCAUACACUACUGCUAGAGAUGCAUCUUUGGUCAAACUCAGAUAAUAAAGCUGAAGUUGCUUCAUAAAGAGAGCUUGUUAAACAUUCCUACAUUAGGUAAACAGGUGGAGGAUCCUAUAUUUCAUUAUUCUAACCAUUCAUUUUUUUUUUACUAUAUAUCUGAGUAUGUAUUUAUAGGUUUUUA